CCAGUUCAUUCGGUCUGCUUUUAGAAAGAGCAACAUAUUUUUUUAAUGGAGAAGUGAGAAUUAGUACUUAACUAAAAUGCCCGCAUUAAGAUUAAACAGAGAGUUAUGGAAACUCGAAAAUAGUGACCAGGAUUUUGAAAUGAAGAUCAACGCAUCGCGGCCGCUGACUAAUUUUAGCAGGUCGGAAAGUUUCGGGAAGACCCCCGAUGUGGUUGAAAAGGAAAUGCCACCAGAAAAACCCAAGAGAUGCAGGCGCAGCAUAAUCAAAGAUUACUUGGUUGAUUACACGGCUAACUCUAAUCUUCAUGGACUGAAAUACAUCGGAGAGAAAGAAAGAACCUUCGUGGAAAAAAUAUUCUGGCUCUUCAUGUUUACAUGCUGUGUGAUACUUUGCGCCGGAUUAAUUAGAAAAGUCUACAUAAAGUGGAAUGAAAGUCCAGUGAUCGUGAGCUUUGCUGAAAACCCGACUCCCGUUUGGCAGAUUCCCUAUCCAGCAGUGACAGUCUGUUUCGAAACUAAAGCAAUGCAGAGGAAAUUUAAUUUUACAGAUUACUACCAUUUAUAUUUGUCAGACAAGGAUAAUCUGACGUUAGAAGAACAGCAUUUGUUUGAAGAUAUUUCAAUGGUCUGCGAUGAUCAUCUUGCUCCCGCGAAUGGCCGAAAAUUUUCCGAUGGAGCAGAAACAGUGGACAAUAUACGAGAGGUAUCGCCAAAUCUGACAGAAGUUUUCUUCGGCUGUAAAUGGAAAGAUAUACCAAGUGUGAAUUGUUCUGACUUAUUCUCACCCAUAUUGACUGAAGAAGGGCUUUGUUACACAUUCAAUACCUUGGGCGCUGAAGAAAUGUUUAGAGUUGAGAACUUGCAUCAGAAUUACCCCUAUCUGGAACAUGAUAAGGUAGCAGAGUCAUGGAGUCUGGAGGAAGGAUACUCGGCUGACACACCAAUAGAAACCUAUCCCCAUAGAGGCGCUGGAUAUGGAGUUAAAUCAGGCCUAACUUUCUUACUGAAGGCCAAUAAAAUUGAUUUGGAUUACCUCUGCAGAGGUCCAGUACAAGGCUUCAAGAUACUGUUGCACAAUCCGGCAGAGUUGCCGAGGCUUUCACAACAGUACUUCCGAUCGCCUCUAUCGCAAGAGGUAGUCGUUGCGGUGAAACCUAAAAUGAUGACCACUUCCUCAGGCCUUAAACCUUACGAGCCUACCAGGCGACAAUGCUAUUUUCCAACGGAGCGCUAUCUUCAAUACUUCAAGGUGUAUACUCAGUCAAACUGUGAGAUGGAGUGUUUAUCCAACUUCACUUAUACGCGAUGUGGAUGCGUGCACUUUGGGAUGCCUUAUGGGCCAAACAUGGAAGUCUGCAAUGCAGCCAGCCGAGAAUGUAUAAAAGAAGCUCAGAUGGAGCUGGUGACUAUAGAAAUCCAGUCUGGACUCGACAGUCGCAAACAAAAUGAAACUGAUACACUCGGCCAAGCCCGAGCUGUGUCUUCUAGGUGUCGAUGCCUACCAGCGUGCACAUCCAUAGAGUAUGAGGCAGAGACGUCGCAGGCCGAUUAUGACUGGGCAGCCCUAUUUCGAGCAUUCAGAUAUUAUAACGUUUCUGAAGAAUUGGUGAAUGUGACGUACUCCCGCGUCAUGGUAUUCUUCAAGGAAGCACAGUUCAUCACUUCUCGUCGUUCAGAGCUUUACGGACAAACUGACUUCCUAGCCAACUGCGGCGGUCUACUGGGACUGUUCAUGGGCUUCUCUAUCCUCAGUGUCGCGGAAAUUAUAUAUUUCUUAACGUUAAGAUUAUGCUGUGUCCUUUGGCGUCGGCGUAACAAGAAGCGACGUAUUGAUUUCACGAAAAACGACACAGUUCCCGGCCCGAGCCCCAAUAAAGUGAUGCAUCCGUACAGCGAAUAAUGGCAAAAAAGAAAACUACGAAAAAGUGUUUAUCGAUUCUUAUUAAUAUAUGCUUUAUAACUUAAACUUACGAAAAGUGCAAUUAUUAUUGUAAUUCACGCACAUAAGUACAACUUUGCUCUCUAACUCACAGAUUUUUAAUAUUAACUGUUGCAUAGUUGCUAAGGUCAUGAUGUCGUCGUAGCAAAAUUUGAGAAUCUUAUUUUUAAAUAUCAUGUGCAAAUAAAAAAUGAAUUUACCAA